CCUUAAACAAUCAGAAGAAUAAAAUGGGAGAACCUGAGAAAAAGAUUGGAACUCCUGGGGUCAGAUGCUUUGCCAAGAUCAAGGUAUUUGUGUUGGCAUUAACAUGUGUAUAUAUAUCAAAAACACUAUCAGGAGUUUACAUGAAGUUUAUGCUCACACAUCUAGAGAGACAAUUCAAUAUUUCCACGUUUAUAGUUGGACUUAUCAAUGGAAGCUUUGAGUUAGGAAACCUUUUGUUGAUUAUAUUCGUGAGUUAUUUUGGAACAAAACUGCACAGACCUAUCAUGAUUGGUGUUGGAUGUGUGGUUAUGGGCCUUGGGUGUUUCUUAAUGUCAUUACCUCAUUUCCUCAUGGGCAGAUAUGAAUAUGAAACAAUGAUUUCACCUACAAGCAACUUGUCCUCAAAAAGCUUCUUGUGUAUAGAAAACAGAUCCCAGACCUUAAAGCCAACGCAAGACCCAACAGAGUGUGUGAAAGAAAUGAAAUCAUUAAUGUGGGUAUAUGUACUGGUAGGAAACAUUCUACGUGGAAUUGGUGAAACCCCCAUCAUACCUUUGGGUAUUUCCUAUAUAGAAGACUUUGCCAAGUCAGAAAACUCUCCAUUUUACAUUGGGAUUUUAGAAGUUGGAAAGAUUAUUGGCCCACUAAUUGGACUUUGGUUGGGACCUUUCUGUGCAACCAUUUAUGUAGACACAGGGUCUGUGAAUACAGAUGACCUGACCAUAAGUCCCAGGGAUACACGAUGGGUCGGUGCUUGGUGGAUUGGCUUUUUGGUUUGUGGAGGAGUGAAUAUCUUGACUGGCAUCCCCUAUUUCUUCUUUCCAAGAACACUCCCAAAGGAAGGACCCGAGGAUAAGUCAGACGAAACUAAAAACGACAAAGAAGAGAAACACAGAGAAAAAGCCAAAGAAGAAAAAUGGGGAUACACUAAAGAUUUCUUUCUUUUUGUGAAGAGACUCUCCUGCAAUCCAGUUUACAUGCUUUGUGUCCUUACAAGUGUGCUCCAGAUAAAUGGAUUUGUCAGUAUUUUUAUUUUCAAGCCUAAGUACCUGGAACAUCAUUAUGGAAAAUCCACUGCAGAGGCAAUGUUCCUCAUUGGUCUUUAUACCACACCAUCAGUAUGUGUUGGAUAUUUAAUUAGUGGUUUUAUUAUGAAGAAGUUCAAGAUUGCUCUCAAGAAAGCUGCAUGUGUAGCGUUUUUCCUAUCCAUGUCUGAGUGCCUUCUAUCCCUCUGCAACUUGACGCUAACCUGUGAUAACAUUCCAAUUGCUGGCUUAACUACCUCUUAUGAAGGCAUUCAGCAGCCUUUUGAUAUGGAGAAUAAGUUCCUUGCUGACUGCAACACAAGGUGUGACUGCUUAACAAAAUCAUGGGAUCCAGUGUGUGGGGACAAUGGCCUAGCAUACAUGUCUCCUUGCCUUGCAGGCUGUGAAAAGUCUGUUGGAAAAGGAAUCAAGAUGGUGUUUCAAAAUUGCAGCUGCAUUUGGUCACCAGCAAACUCAUCUGCAGUCCUGGGGCUGUGUAACAAAGGCCCCGAGUGUGCUAACAAGCUGCAGUACUUCUUAAUCAUAACGGUAUUUUGCGCCUUCUUCUACGGGUUAGCAGUCAUACCUGGGUACAUGGUUUUUCUGAGGUGUAUGAAGUCUGAAGAGAAGCCACUUGGAGUUGGAUUACAGGCAUUUUACAUGAGACUAUUUGCUGGCAUUCCUGCACCUAUUUACUUUGGUGCUUUGAUAGACAGAACAUGCUUACAUUGGGGAACUCUGAAAUGUGGUGGGUCAGGGGCCUGCAGGACAUAUGAAGUAAACAGCCUCAGGCACCUUUACCUUGGAUUACCUGCUGCACUGAGAGGAUCAAGCUUUCUCCCUGCCUUCUUCAUUCUAAGACUUCUCAGGAAAUUCCAAUUCCCUGGGGAAAUCUACUCUUCAGAACCUCAACUUACAGAGAUGAAGCUCACAGAGAAGGAAAGCGAGUGUGCAGAUGUGCACAGAAGUCCUAAGGUCGAGAAUGAUGGGGAACUGAAAACUAAGCUGUAGUGUGAUUUCUACUGGCCUGUGUAAGGCCAUGAACAGAAUGUACACUUGACUAGUUUUGAAUCAUGAGAGAUAUAAUAGAAACCCUUAUCUUUAAGAGUUAUAAUUAAAAAAUAAUUGCUAAUAUCAUUUUCAGAACUUACAGGGCAGUACUUAAGAUUUUCCUGGUGAAGACUUUUAUGGUGUCCUCAACAAUGAACUUUAAAAUUGCCUUCAUUUUUCAAAGAGCAUUUCCUCCUUAAACUCAAAGGAAAUGUGUGUUACUCAUAUAUCUUCAAAUAGAUUUAAAACUUUCCUAUUCCAGAAGCACUAAUUUUAUUGAAUUUAUAUUUCAAUAUUGGAGGUAAUUAGAGCUGAAAUUAUGCUUCCUGGUUAUAUCAUACUGAAAUAAAUUGUUCAAAUUCAUCCUUUCUAUGUG